AUGGACGCUGAUCAAUUCCGGAAAGCUGCCCACGCAGCCAUUGAAGAGAUCAUUGCCUACAAUCAAGAGCUUCCCAACUACCCUGUGCUGCCGACGAUCAAGCCAGGAUACCUCGCACCACAGCUGCCUUCGUCGGCACCAGAAAAGCCAGAGUCAUGGUCCGAAAUCCAGUCAGAUAUUGGGUCGAAAAUUGUGCCCGGUAUCACUCACUGGCAGUCACCCAACUUCAUGGCCUUCUUCCCGGCUGGUGUCACCUACCCGUCCAUGCUCGGGGAGAUGUACUCUGCCGCAUUCACGGCGCCGGCAUUCAAUUGGUUGUGCAGUCCUGCGUGCACGGAGCUGGAAACCGUGGUGAUGGACUGGUUGGCUCGGGCUCUUCAACUGCCCGAGGAAUUUCUCAGCACGGGUGCCAGCGGCGGCGGAGGCACUAUUCAAGGCAGUGCCAGUGAGGCGAUAGUGACCUGCAUGGUCGCUGCGAGGGAGAGGUAUUUGCAUAACAAGUGUGAUGCAGAAGGCCUGAAACCUGGAUCGCUCGAGAGAGAAGACCGCAUUGCCUUCUUGAGAGGUCGGCUGGUGGCCUUGUCGAGUGAUCAAGCCCAUUCUUCGACGCAAAAGGGUGCUUUGAUCGCCGGAACGCGGUACAAGUCUAUCCCGACUAAGCUUGAGAAUGAGUUGUCAUUGCAGAGGGAAGAGCUGGAAGCUGUCCUGGAGCAAUGCAAGGCUGAAGGUCUCGAACCCUACUACAUCACCCUGACGCUGGGCACAACCUCGACAUGUGCAGUUGACGACUUUGCGGGUCUCGCGCCAGUCCUGAAAGCCAACCCAGGCAUCUGGGUUCACAUUGAUGCGGCCUACGCUGGAGCGGCCUUGGUCCGACCCGAAUUCUCCUCCAAGUACUCUCCACAAAUGAUCAUCGCCGACUCGUUCAACAUGAACAUGCACAAAUGGCUCCUAGUCAACUUUGACGCCUCCUGUCUGUUUGUCCAGAACAGGAACCAUUUGACGCGUGCAUUGUCUAUAUCUGCCGCCUAUUAUACGAACAAACACUCGGACAGUGGUCUGGUCACGGACUAUCGAGACUGGCAAAUCCCCCUGGGGAGAAGAUUUCGAGCUCUGAAGAUCUGGUUUGUUAUGCGGAGUUAUGGCCUAGAAGGGAUGAGGGAGCAUAUCAGAAAGUCGCUGGAGAGAGGUGAGGUUUUUGCUGACCUUGUCCGAGGAAGGAGUGACCUGUUCGAGCUGGUCGCCGAGCCGAGAUUUGGUUUGGUCUGUUUCCGGGUCAAACCCUCUGCCCUGGUAGAGCAGGCGAAUACGGCGGAGACGAAUGCCGAUUUCCUGCCACAGACUGCAGCGAAGCAACAAAAAGAACAGGAUGCGAACGAGGUGACGAGGCACAUUGGAGAUCUGAUCAACGAGCGAGGUCAGAUUUUCAUCACCUGCAGCAGCACCGCGGGCAAAUCCUUCAUGCGGGUCGUCAGUGGCAACCCGCAUGGAGAAGAGAAGUAUGUGAGGGCAGCCUUUGAGAUCAUUACGAAAACGACGGAGGAGGUCAUUGCCUCGAAGAAGCCAGGGAAUGAGAUGAAUUGA